AUUAACCGAAUCGUGACCCAAAAAAUUACUCCACCUCCUCCCCCUCUUAAUUUCUGAAAGUCCCUAUUUAAAACAUUUUUUUUUUUUUGCUACUUCCAAUUUUUGCAGCACAUGGAACUGAUUGUUUUGAUCAUUUAGGAGAGGUCCCACACAGACUUGGACAUUUGAACCAGCUAAUUCAGAACAUACACCAUUGUAUCUAUAAGUCUUGUAAAAUUAUAGCUAACUUUCAAGCUAUUCAUAUAGGGAGAAAGGUUACUUCUGAAUAUCAAAUCAUAUGUGAUGUCGACUCUUAUUCGGCCCUCGCUCCAUCACCUGUCAGUGCCUCUCUUGAGAAGAGCAGCUCCCAAAGUUUUCAAUAGCGAGCACCUGCCUGCCCUUCAUUCUUGCAUGAGCAGCCUCCCACCUGACCUUAAGUUUGAGGACCCCAGCGCCUUCAGUGUGAAGAGUUUCAGGGAGCUCAUGCGAGCGCUGGGGGUCUUUCAGCUGUGUUCCUUUCCCGUGCUGGUCAACAAUUGUGGGAAGCUCCUGUCCGCUGCUCGCUCUAUUCUGGGUAAACAAGGCUUCUCUCUGAUCAUGCGCCCCUCAAUCUAUGCCCAGUUUGUUGCUGGAGAGAGUGAGGGUGAAAUUGCUGUUGCCAUGGAGAAGAUGAGGUCAUUGGGUUUACGCACCAUGUUGGCAGUACCCAUUGAGGAGGACCUGGGAGAGAGCACUGGGGAGCAUCGCUACGAUGAGAAUCUGGAGGCCAUGCUGCAGUGUGUGUACCUGUCCCAUAGCAAAGCUUGCGCAUAUCCUAAGAUGCAGCUGAAGAUCACUGCACUGCUGAGCCCUGAGCUCUGCGUGAAGAUAACCUCCAAUCUGCCAGAAUAUCCGUUUGACCUGGCCGAGCUAGUCAAAGCAAUGGAUGGAGAGCCUGUCCGCUUCCCAGGUUUAACUGAGGAGGAGAAUGCACAUUUCCACUGUGGCCUACGUCGGCUCAACAAGGUUGGAGAGGCCAGUUUCUCAAAGGUGCGAGUUUUGGUUGAUGCUGAGUACACCUAUAUGAACCCUGCCUUGUCCCUUGUCACUAUGGCAAUGAUGAAGAAGUUCAACCAAAAGGAGCCUUGGGUCUGGAACACGUUUCAGUGCUAUCUUAAGGAAUCAAGGUCUCUUUUACUUGAUGCAAUCAGUCAGUCUGUGAAGCAUUCAUUCUGCCUUGGAGUCAAGCUUGUGCGAGGAGCUUACAUGGACAAGGAAAGGAAACUGGCUAAAGGGGAAGGCAGACCUGACCCCAUUCAUCAGUCGUGGGAGGACACCAAUGCCAGGUCAAACCUGUUUUCACAUAUGAACUUCGGACACUGCAUGAAGAAUGAGGUCAGGUCAUUUUCUGGAGCUGCCCUUUCGUACAUGUGGCACACAACUGGGGAUUGUUUGUGUCAGAUGCAUUCACACCUACUAGAAAUAGUUCAGCUGGAUUAGACAAAGGGUGGGGCUUGGGUAGAGCAUGCAGGAGGCAGGACGUGAUGUAAAACACACCCUGCAGAAAUGGAAGUGCUUUGUCUACAGGACUACUGAUAGAAAGUCCUGAUUCAUGUAAUCUCUCCAGUUACUCAUGUUAUCUUAGGGUUUUUUUGUGACUGACCCUUCUUCUUCACCGUCGGAUGUUUCUUCUGUUUUUGCAUGAGUCACAUGAUACAAACGUCGUCAAUGCACCCACUUGCUAAUAGUGAAUUGUCCGGAAUUCUCCUUGUUCCAAUUACACAUGGGGGAUCAUUUGGGAAUUAGCCUUUGUACUAGGGAACUAGCAGGGUAAAGUCUGUUUAAUGUCUGGUAUGACAUUUGGACAUUUGCGAUCAUACAUGCAGUCCCUCCGGGUUAUGUCCAGAAAGGUUCAGGGUAGCAGUGCAUGUCUGAUUGAGGCUCAAUAUAAUAGAUGUAGCUGUGAUAUUACAGGGAUACUUGGUGCAAACCUUGAUAAACUGCCUAUACCCUGUUGCCACAUUAAGGGAUCUCACCUGGCUUUCUGUGCAGGGCUGUUCAUCCCCCUCCUCUAGGGCAUUCUGAAAUGGGAAUGGAGGUGCCGAUAGACUGGAGAUGGAAGUUUUACUUAAUAUUCCUCAGCAUACACUUCUAAUGUCUAUUUGUCAUGUU